GCGGCGGCGGCGGUAGCGACGGCGGCGGCGGCUGCUGGUCGCUGGCUGAGCGCGAGGCGCCAUGGCGGCGGACGGAGAGCGCUCCCCGCUGCUGUCCGAGCCCGGCGACGGCGGCGCUGGAGGCAACGGCUUGGCGGGCCCGGGCGGGAGCGCGACCGGGCCCGGUGGAGGCCUGACGCCCUCCGCACCUCCGUACGGAGCCGGUAAACAUGCCCCGCCCCAGGCAUUCCCCCCGUUCCCCGAGGGGCACCCAGCCGUGCUGCCGGGAGAGGACCCACCCCCCUACUCACCCCUGACUAGCCCGGAUAGUGGGAGCGCCCCCAUGAUUACCUGUCGAGUCUGUCAGUCUCCGAUCAACGUGGAAGGCAAGAUGCAUCAGCAUGUAGUGAAAUGUGGUGUCUGCAACGAAGCCACCCCCAUCAAGAAUGCACCCCCAGGAAAGAAGUAUGUUCGAUGCCCCUGUAAUUGUCUCCUUAUCUGCAAAGUGACUUCCCAGCGGAUUGCCUGCCCUCGGCCCUACUGCAAAAGAAUCAUCAACCUAGGGCCUGUGCAUCCAGGACCUCUGAGUCCAGAACCACAGCCAAUGGGUGUCAGGGUCAUCUGUGGACAUUGCAAGAAUACGUUUCUGGGUUCUCAUUGCAGGAGAGCCUUCUUGCUAUGGUUGUUUUUCUUUUUCCAUAGUGGACAGAAUUCACCGACCGAACCUUGGCACGAUGUCCUCACUGCAGGAAAGUGUCUUCUAUUGGCCGCAGAUAUCCUCGGAAGAGAUGUAUCUGCUGCUUCUUGCUUGGUUUACUUUUGGCAGUCACUGCCACUGGCCUUGCUUUUGGCACAUGGAAGCCUGCACAGCGAUAUGGAGGGAUCUACGCAGCCUGGGCAUUUGUCAUUUUGCUGGCUGUUCUAUGUUUGGGCCGGGCCCUUUAUUGGGCCUGUAUGAAGGUCAGCCAUCCUGUCCAGAACUUCUCCUGAGCCCCUUGAUCUAGUAUGUGCCUGGCGGCUGCCUGGUAACAACAGUAACACUACAAAAGGCUCUCUGUGGACUUCUGCAAGGAAGCCAAGCAGCUGCCUCCCUCUUCCCUGGGGAGAGGUGGGAAGGAACCAGUCCCUUACUUAGGUUUGGAAGGGUAGGUAAGACCAUUGCUGGCUGUCUGCUUUCCUCCAAGGGUUGCUGUUUAGGGUAAAUAGGCAAAAUGUUGCCCCAAAGCCGGGAUCCUAAAGAUGGUUCUAGCCAUGUCCUUCCUGUAUGUGCUCCCUGAGAACCAUUCCUGACCUUAGACAUUCCAGGGCAGGGUGGGGGUGGGAAGUGGGGGGGUGUUCCCCUCCCUCUUGUGCACCAUUAGGACCUUGCUGCUGCUAUUGCACUUCACCAGGGACUGGCUCUGGCCUCAGUACCCUCAGUCCCUUCUCCCCACUUGUCCUGUGGGGUGGAGUCAGCCCCUGCUCUGUACAGAACUACAGGAACUGAUGUAUAUAGAACUAUUUAAUAUGGAAUAUGGUCCCCUAAUUCUGUAUUUCCCUGAAUUACUCCUGACUUUCCAUACUUCCAGUUGCAGUACUGAACUGGGCUGAGGUAGGGUCACUGUCUCAGGAGAGGUUAGGGAUUCAUCUGUGCUUGUAAAUAAAUAAUGUCAUGACUCUAA